UAAGCUGGUCGUGGUCGGUAGUCGCAGGCGAGCAGAGUCAGACGGGUGACGGGUUGAUAGGUCGCUGGUGACAGUGAAGUUACUUUUGUCGCUCUCUAUCAGUUAAUCGCCCUCCUGCAGUCGUUGUAUUGUUGAUAUUUUGUCCUCCCAACACGCCGACAGUCGUGGUCUCGAGUCAGUCCCGAGUGUGAGCGCAAGACUCCAGCCAACGAAGCAUCCAGGCACGACAGAGAGCCUAGUCAAAGGCUAUCUUUCAUUAUUGUUCAGAGUCGCGGUGAGAGAGGCAAGCAAAAAACAGACACAAUGAGCUGGCAGGAUUACGUCGACAAGCAGCUGCUUGCCUCGAGGUGUGUGUCCAAGGCGGCGAUCGCCGGACACGACGGCAACCUCUGGGCAAAGUCCGAGGGCUUUGAAGUGAGCAAAGACGAGCUGGCAAAGCUGGUGCAAGGCUUCGAGGACCAGAGCGUACUGACGUCGUCGGGCGUGACCCUGGCCGGCAAUAGGUAUAUUUAUCUGUCGGGCACAGACCGAGUGAUAAGGGCAAAGCUCGGCAAGGUCGGCGUGCACUGUAUGAAGACGUCGCAGGCGGUCGUCGUAUCGCUUUACGAGGAUCCCAUCCAGCCACAGCAAGCCGCCUCCGUUGUCGAAAAGUUGGGCGACUACCUCCUGUCCUGCGGCUAUUAGUGACCUUUGGGACUCGAGCACACAGAUAUCCUUAAUCAAUAAUUGAAGAAAAAGAAUAAAAAAAAAGCAAACUAAACAAGCGUAUAUGUCGGUCGACGAUGAUUUUAUAAAUGGCGACGAGAAGAAUAAGAGGGCAGAAGAAAAGCUAGCAGCGAGACACCGCGAAGAACAAAUCACACGUGCUCUGGCGCCGCACGCAUGGCAGCGACGCAGGCCCGCUGCUCGCCUAAACGAUACGCGCGCGCCAACAUUUACACUCUCAUACGCAUCAAUACUGACACUCAGACUCGCCUCGCUUGAACCCCGCACAGUCGAAGCGCGGCAGCAGCGGCAGCCUCCUGCGUCGAUCGACCUAAUUUUCAGAGACCCAGAAGCAGUUCUUCGCUUUCGUGUCUCCUUUUCUUUUCUCUCCCCCUCUCCCCCUC